UUCUUCUUAUAGCUUAAGUAAUAAAUGGGGAAAUUAGCACAGCAAAACCAGAAAAGCUCGGCAAAUAAUAACAAUAAUGGAGUUACAAAGGUGAAACGUACUAGGAGAAGUGUGCCUAGAGACUCUCCUCCCCAACGUAGCUCUAUUUAUCGUGGAGUCACCAGGCACCGAUGGACAGGGAGAUAUGAAGCUCAUUUGUGGGAUAAAAAUUGCUGGAAUGAAUCGCAAAACAAGAAAGGACGACAAGUCUACCUUGGUGCAUAUGAUGAUGAAGAAGCAGCAGCACAUGCUUAUGAUUUAGCAGCACUCAAGUACUGGGGAGAGGACACAAUUAUCAAUUUUCCUUUAUCAACUUACGAAAAUGAGCUCAAAGAAAUGGAGGGUCAGUCCCGAGAAGAAUAUAUCGGAUCAUUGAGAAGGAAAAGCAGUGGAUUUUCUCGUGGAGUAUCGAAAUACAGAGGUGUGGCAAGACACCAUCACAAUGGAAGAUGGGAGGCUCGAAUUGGCAGAGUUUUUGGCAACAAAUACCUCUAUCUUGGUACAUAUGCAACUCAAGAGGAAGCUGCCACUGCAUACGAUAUGGCAGCCAUAGAGUAUCGUGGAUUAAAUGCUGUCACCAAUUUUGAUCUCAGUCGUUACAUCAAGUGGUUAAAACCUAAUCAAAACGAUAACACCACCGCCAAUAAUAAUGAUCUAUUUCAUCCUAACCCUAACCUUAACAUACCCACCCAUUCUACUCCAAUUCCUAAUCAAGAUCUCGGAUUAAGUUUUCUUCAAAACCAGCAAGCCUUCCAAACAACUAGCAGUGAAACUGUGCCGAUGGAGCCACGACCAACCAAUGCAACCUCAGCCCUAGGCUUGCUUCUUCAAUCGUCAAAGUUCAAGGAGAUGAUGGAGAUGACUUCUAUGACCGAUUGCCCAUCGAGCCAUGUUGAUCAGUUAGACCCACCGCAAUGCAGAUUCCCUGAAGACAUUCAAACCUACUUUGAGUGCCAAGAUCUGACAAACAAUUAUGGGGAAGGGGAUGACAUGAUUUUUGCUGAGCUCAACUCGUUUGUGCCUCAAAUGUUUCAAUCUGAUCUUUGAGUGAUAGAUCUAUUAAAGAGACAUGCAUAUAGAUGCAUGCAAAAGUUAAGUUUCUCAUUUACGUAUUUAUUUAGGUUCUACUGUGAAUACCAUACUAUAAUGGUCUACGGCCCUCCUCGAUCAAGUGGUGAAGGGUUAGAAUAGAGGUUUAGGUUUCAAUUUCUUUUUUCAUGAGCACUGACAAAAUAAGAGAGAAAAUAAAAAUAAAAAUUUGAAGCUAUAAGCCUAUAAGUGAGGGAGAGAAGAUCUAGCUAAGUGGAACUUUGAUCAUUUCCCAUUUAUUAUUUGGUUCAUUUCUUUGUAGAUUAAGGGGAAAAUAAGCAUUGUUUUAUCUUUUUUUUGCUUGAAUAAGUUGUAAUUUCCACCUUAUACUUCAAUAAUAACUCUAGA